AUGCAGGCCAGCACCUCCCCGCUGUCUAAGAGGGCGUCGUCUCUCGCCGCCGAUUCUGUCGUCGCGUCGAAGGGCGACGCCCUCGCGCCGCUCACGCCCGAGAUGGCCGCCGCGGAGAGGAAGCUGAUGAACCCGAAGACGAUGAUCCCGACGAUGUUCCGCCCCGCGCUCGCGGCGAGCUUCGUGGACGACUCCUUCGAGGCCGCGACGGCGCCGACGCCGACGCCCGAGACGCAGCAGACGCGCGCGGUCCCUGCGACGGCGACGCCGCCCGUCCCCGCGGCGGGCCGCGUCGCCGCGAUGGCGUCCAAGGUCCGCGAGCAGCUGUCGCAGUUCACGGACGAGUUCGCGCGCACGGACGCGGCGAUCGUCGCGUCGCAGAAGGAGUGCGAGCGCGUGCACCACGAGCACCGACGCGCGAACGAAGAGUUCACCGACGGCGUCGUUCGAAUGGUUCGCGAGCAGCGGUGCAUCGUGGAGCAGACGAAGACGCGCGCGGAGACCGGCAGAGCGGUCCUCGCCCAGGUGAACGAGAAGAACCAAGCGCUGGAGCGCGACGUGGAGAAGCUUGUCGAGGAGAAACGCGCGCUCGAGGCGGACGGGGAGACGGCGCGCGAGGCGAUGGAGGCGGCGGUCCAGGACUUUCGAUCGAAAGAAUCACGAGCGAAGGAGGAGAAGGACGCGCUCGCGAAAGCCGCGGAGGACGCGAAAGCCGCGGUCGUCCUCGCGUCCAGGGACAAGGUGGCGCUGACGCAAGAGAUCUCCGCGGCGAGAGCGGAGAAGUCGAUGCUCGCGGAGGAGUUGCGCGCGAAGACCGCGGAGAUCGCCGCGUUGACGGAUCGCGCGGAGACGGCGCGAACGGAGAAUCGCUCGCUCUCCGCCGCCGUCGCGAAAACCGCCGAGUCCCUCGCCGCCAAGGACGCGGAGCUCACCGCGUCCGCGGAAGAGAAGACGACGCUCGCGAGAGAGAUCGCCGCGAGGGACGCGCAGAUCACGCAGACGGAGGCGGAGGUCCAGGCGCUUCACGCGGAGGUGGACAGGUUGACGGAACUCCUCGCGGCGACGGAGAAAAAGCGCGAAGAACUCGCCAAGACGCACGUCGAACUGAUCGCGCACGCGCGGGAGUUGGAAAAGACGCGAGACGAAGCGGACGCGCACAUCGAGAAGCUGAUCAGCGCGAACGAGGCGCUCGAGAACGAAAUCACGCAGGGCGAGGCUGCGGUGAUGGAGCUUCACGCGUCCACCGCGGAGUCGUUCGAGUACCUUCGAAAGGACAGGGAGUUACUCAUCGACAGAAACGCGGCGCUCGCGGCGCAGAUGGAGGAGUCGCAGAUGCGUUUGGUCGCCGUCCGCGCGGAGGCGGAAUCGAUCAUCAAGGAAGAGCAGGAGAGGAACGAGGAGCUCGAGAGGAAGCACGAGGAGACGAUCAAGGCGAUGAGAGAGGCGGGGAGUGGGGGUCUGGGUCCGGGCGGCGGCGCCUCGGUCGCGCUCGACGCCGCCGCCGCCGCCGCCGCCGCCGCGAGCGCGAGCGCGAGCGCGGCGAAGCUCGACGCGAUCGAUAAGACGCUCGCGGACUUCGAGCGGACGCGCAGAGAGGCUGCGGAGCAAGCGGAGGAGAACGCGCGAGCGGGGAACGGCUCGGGGAACGGCCUCGGGGGCGGGUUGGACGACUCCCUGAGCACGAUCGGCUUCUCGGACAUCGCGUCCAACGUGUCGGAGAUCCCAGACGUCGCGGAUCUGGAGAACCACCCCGCGGCGAGGGCGCACAGGGCGCAGAAGGCGGCGGCGAACAAGGUGAAGUUUGACAACAUGAAAUCGCAGCGGAACAAGUACAAGGCGGAGCUGAGAGCCGCGCAGAAGGAGUGCGAGCGCAUGAAAGCGGAGAUGGCCGCGGUUGACGAGCUGAAGAAGCAAGUCCUCGCGUUGCGAGAGGCGACGUACGUGUGAAGAGGGGUCACACAGUACCCGUGUAGUCUACAGUAUACAGCGCGCGGUGCCGUUCACAUCGUGUCGUUCGUUUAUUUAUUGUCAAUACUACUGUACUAUCGUAU